UACAGCAUAUGAGGACGUUAAUAUUCACUCUAAGAAUAUAAUACAAAUAGAGAGUCUGAAUGAGAUUUAUAGAAGACAGGACUUCACCAGACGAGAGGUUUCUUAAUAUAAAAAUUGACAUCAAAACUUGGAAUAUCUUCGUCCUGCUUGAUCUCGUUUAUUGAAAAGUAGAAAUCUGCCCUAUUUACUAUGCACGAUCUACAUGGCGCAAUUUUUAUGAUGGAACUUUUGCAGGACUCGUGGGGUAGAAAGGUCACAUAUAAAGAAUCGGAUUUUCGUGUGUAUUCAUUUGCUUACAAGCUCAGCGAUGUCCACUAUUAUGAUAAGGAGUCUAAAACCGAUUGCUCUGAUCAACAAUGUCACAGAUGAUUCCAGAGGUCUUAUGAUUGCUACAUAUUUUUCUAUGGUGAAGUUGAGGCAUAUUUCUCUGGAAGAGGUUAAGGAACACAACACAGAGAGGAGUUGCUGGUUCAUAAUUGCUGAUCAGGUCUAUGAUGUCUCAGACUAUAUGCAUGAGCACCCUGGUGGCUAUGAAGUUCUUUUGAAGGCUUCAGGAGGUGAUGCUACAGAGAGUUUUGAGAAUGUUGGUCACAGCAGCAAUGCUAGAGCUCUCUUAAAACCAUAUUGUGUUGGAUAUACAAAACAAAUACCUGAGAAUGAAAAAGUGGAGGAUUCAGAGGAUAAUGAGAGAAGCUCACGAAAUUUUGAAAGGAUUGUGAUAUACUUUCUCCUCUUAUUUUUGAUGACUUUUGUUGUGAAUAUUAGAUGGACCCCUGGUGCCAUAGUGCUGAUAGCUGCAGCUCUGGUGAAUGAAUACUUUUAAUGCUUAUUCUUAUAUUAGGUAAUCAUUAAUUUUAUACAGAUAAAAGUAGGACACUUUCAAUAUAACUGCAUUGAACGUGUGUUCAUUAAAGUAAACUGACUUUUUGCCUCUUCAUUUUUUGUUUUCCUGGGCAUACAAUGCUCAAAGAGUUACAUGCUUGACCAGUUACCAACACUCUAUCAAAUCCAUACUGCAGUGGGUAUUGAGGAACUUCAAGAAUGAUCUCAAUACUAUUUGUCUUUAAAUGCAAAUAAUAGUGAAUUAAAGACAUGUUUGAAAACUCGAACACAUUGGAAAGGUGGUAAUACCUCAAGAAACCAAGAGAAACCCAACAUCAAUCUGGCUAAAGUUAAAACAUACACCAUCAGAUGAGAACUCACAAUGUAAGAAAAGAAAUCUCAAGGUUGAAUUCCACAGUAACUUCUUUUUUUAUA